AUGUCUGCUACUCCAAAUCCAAAGGCUUUUCCUCUGGCUGAUGCCACUUUGACCCAACAAAUCUUGGAUGUUGUUCAACAAGCUUCCAACAUGAGACAGUUGAAGAAAGGUGCUAACGAAGCCACCAAGACUUUGAAUCGUGGUAUUUCUGAGUUUAUCAUUAUGGCUGCCGAUUGUGAGCCAAUUGAAAUCUUGUUGCAUUUGCCUUUGCUAUGUGAAGACAAGAAUGUUCCAUAUGUCUUUGUUCCUUCCCGAGUUGCUUUGGGUAGAGCGUGUGGUGUCUCUAGACCAGUCAUUGCUGCUUCCAUUACCACCAACGACGCUUCCGCCAUCAAGAACCAAAUUUAUGCCGUCAAGGACAAGAUUGAGACUCUGUUGAUUUAA